UACAGCUCCAAUUUCUUAUAUGAGUGAAAAAAGAUGAAAUUCAUGCACUCUUCCUGAUCCUUUUGGGCAUCUCCGGGUCGGGUAAUGUAGUGUCAGUAGUACUAUUGGACGUUGAAUGGGAGUUUCGCGUGAUUAAUUUUUAUUUUUUUUUUUCCGUAGAAUGAGUUCUUCCUAAUUUAAUCCGCAAAUUUCUAAUGUACGGUAUGAGUUAACCCAUAUAAAGAAGCAGCGUUUGGCGGUGUUUUUUUUUUUUGUUUUUCGGUGGAAGGAAUGGGGAAUCCGAAGCUGAAAUGGACGUCGGAGGAAGAGGCAGCCCUAAAAGCCGGAGUCGACAAGCACGGCGUCGGAAAAUGGAAGUCUAUUCUUACCGACCCGGAAUUCGCGCCCUUACUCUUCAAUCGUUCCAACAUUGACCUCAAGGAUAAGUGGCGCAAUUUGGGUCUUAGUAGCUCCGGACAAGGCCCCAGAGACAAGACUAGGGUAGUUAGAUUACCACCUACACAAUCAUUUGCCCCCAUUACCCCAGAAUCUUCUGCUCCUGUUUCACUUGUUGUUAUUGAUGAUGAUGAUGAGAUAGAUGACAGGUGCAAAAGCUCAAACAAAGAGAAACCCACAUCCUAUCCCUGGGACAAUUCCUUGAUCCUUGAAGCAAUUACCGCCACGAGGGACCCCAAUGGAUCUGAUUUUGGUGCCAUUCUUCACUACAUCGAGCAACGAAGUCAGGUCCCACAGGAUUUUAGAAGGCGCUUGAGAGGAAAGCUGAGAAGACUUGUUUCGCAAGGGAAACUUGAAAAGGGUGAAAAUCUGUUCAAGAUAAAAGAUGUGGGAAUGCAACUUUCUCUACUGAAAGAUAAAGAUGAUGGCCAGAGCUCAUCACAAACUUGUAGUUUAGUAUCUCUUUCUGAAAAUCAGUGUGUUGCAUCCCGGGUUGCUGAGGCAGAAAACAAGUCUGUUGCGUUAGCUGGGGCGGUUAAGGAGUUUGAAAGGAUCACAAAACUGAUGGAAGAUGCAGAAUCCAUGCUGGAGGUAGUGAAACAUAUGUAUGACAAAUGUUUGAGAGGUGAAAUGGUUCUCGUGUAAGUUCAGCACCGUCAGUCAUUCAUAGCUUCUAAUAUUGUACAUAAAAGGUUACCCUUGCAGCAGCUGACUAGUCUGCAUUUUAGUUAGAUCGUGACAGACUUUGAGACAAUUUCGUAGAUCACAAAAGUUUCUAGUCUGUUUGGGUGCUACUAUGGUAGUGGAACCUAUGAUUCUACGGCAUUUCAGAGCUCUCUUGUACAUUCUAAAACCAAAUUAUGGGCGACGGUUUACCAUCAUCUAUUGGCUUUUGGUUAACGCCAACCAUAGAAACAAGGAUACUAUUUACUCAAAUUUGCUUCCUUCCUGUCUUCAGCCUCUCUUUUUUUUUUUU